AUGCCAAAAAAAGACGACGUGACAGUCGUGACAGUGGCGCCGUCAAUUCCAUCCGACGAGCCAUCGUAUAAGGACUUUGACACAUUCACAUCGGCCAUCCUCAAUUCCACCAACUACUACCGCGCGCAGCACAAUGCGUCCUCUGUCUCAUGGAACGACACGCUGCAAGACUUUGCAGACGAUUACCUCGACGAUAGCUCGUGCAAGAUGGAGCACUCUGGCGGCCCCUACGGGGAGAACCUGGCCAUCGGCUACAGCAACGCCACAGCAGCCGUGGAGGCCUGGGGCGACGAGAGAGAAGACUACAAUUUCAAAAAGGGAAAGUUCGACAAGUCCACCGGUCACUUUACGCAGCUCGUCUGGAAGGACACCGAUAGUGUGGGCUGCGGGCGGAAAUUAUGCAAAGAGGAUGACGAGGGGGCGGAUAUUCCUGGAUGGUACGUUGUGUGUGAGUAUUGGCCUCGGGGAAAUGUGGAGGGCGAAUUUGAGGACGAGGUCGUCAAGGGUGAGUAUGAUGAUGGCGCACUGAUGAGCACGGUCAAUUGUGUUGUCAUGGGCGCAUUGGGGCUUGGAGCCACCUUGAUGAAUCUUAUGUGA